AUGACCAUCGCAAAGAGGACCGAUGACGAGAUCUGGUACCGGGGAUAUGGAGUGGACCCCUACGUCUACUAUGCGAAGAAAGGAGAGAAGAAGUUCCUUGGCGGUGCUUGGGAAGUUGAAUCUUACCAGGAUCUGGAGAGGGCAACAAGGCUACCCACAGCGGGCGAGAUUCAAGAUCUCACAGAUGCCCCAGGUGGAGGCCACAUGGUGACAUUGACAGAUCCGGAAGGAUUUGCCAUGAACCUAUUUUAUGGAACGACGCCUGUUACGCCUGGCACAUACCCAGAUAAGCUGAUUGCAAACUAUGAGAUCGAGAAGCCACGAGUGCGAAAAUUCCACCGUUUCCAGCCUGGUCCGGCCGCAGUUCAUAAGCUCGGCCACUACGGCGUCUGCACCACAAACUUUGAAGGGCUUGUCGAAUUCUACACGAAGAACUUCAAUAUGGUCCCAACGGACUUCCUCUAUGUUGAGGUAGAAGGCAAAAAGAAGAACGUCGCCCUCUUCGCCCACGUUGAUCAUGGCGAGAAUACCGUCGAUCACCACUCAUUCUUCAUAAGUGCAAACCCGACAGCACAUGUGCACCACUGUUCAUUCGAGGUUCACGACUUCGAUACCCAGAAUCUGGGCCACCAAUGGCUCGCGAAGAAGGACUAUAAGUCUGUCUGGGGUGUUGGCCGACACAUUCUUGGAAGUCAGAUUUUCGACUACUGGUGGGAUACUACAGGAAAUAUGAUCGAGCAUUAUGCGGACGGGGAUUUGGUCAACAACCAAACCCCGAUAGGGUAUACGCCUGCGGGUGAUGAGUCAUUGGCCGUGUGGGGACCUGAAGUGCCGUCUUGGUUCUUGGAGUGA